AUGUCGCAGCUGCCUGAGACAUAUGGGUAUCCUGUGGUGUCAGUUUGCCCAGAUGAUCCACCUUGGACCGCAGCGCCUCCUGAUUGGCUCGAACAGCAGGCCUGGUUCUUGGCGGCCCUGGACAAGAAGUUCGCAGAACAGGAGGCAGUGAUUCGAGAGUUGCUUGAUCCCGGCCUUGACAUUCAAGGUUAUGACAGUUAUGACGUGCCUGCGAUCCAAGUGAUUCCGGACCCGCAGGAACAUGAUGCAAGCGUGGAACUCGAAGAGGAGGAUGAGGAGGAUGAGGGAGGAACUACACCAGUAGAUUACUCGACAGCAGACCAGAGGACUAGAGACUCAGCGAUCAGAAAGCACCUUCGCAGAUCGGAAAACAUUCGGAAGGCCACAGCGGUUCUUGGAGCAAAGGUCAUGAAUGAAAGUAUAGCUCCAGAAAGGCCAAUCAAGACGUUUGUGAAGAAACGGCUGGACGGCUACAUGGGAGCAGUCGUUGCUGCCAAUAUCGGUAUGAUGAUUUUGAUGACACAAUGGGCCGGAGGAAAUGCAAAUUUUGCUCUGAACGAAGCUUCAGAGCCAUGGCCUUGGUUCACCCAAGGGCUUUUCGAUGGCUGCGAGUAUGUUUUCUAUUCACUGUACUUGAUGGAUGUGCUUUUGCGUGCCUUUGUGCUGCGUAGAGAGUGGUGCUAUGAUGCGGUGGACGGCAUCCAGUUCAUGAAUAUGUUCGAUGCAUUUCUAGUUUUGAUUAGCACUGGAGAGCUGAUCAUUCUUCCGGCGCUCUUUUCAGGCGGCACAGACUUGCAGACUGACGCCGUUCGGUUGCUGAAGCUGGUCCGCAUUGUGAGGACCCUACGGAUCAUCAAAGCAGUCUCUGCAUUUCGUCAGCUGAGAGUUUUGGUGGCCACCUGCUUGGCAUCCAUCGGUGCGCUGAUUUGGUCAAUGAUUUUACUGGUCGUAUUGAAGGUGGCAGUCUCUUUGAUGGCGGGACAGGCCUUACAAACAUUCAUCCUGGAUGAAAAUGAGGACCUGGAUGCACGCAUAGAGAUGAACACGUUGUAUGGAAGUUUCACUAAAUCAUUCUACACUUUCUUCGAAAUCACACACAGUGGAUCUUGGCCCUCAAGAGUUCGACCAGUACUUGAAAAGGUUAGUCCGUGGUACUCGAUCAUUUUCCUCCCCUACAUUGCCCUCGUGGUCUUCGCUGUGAUCCGUGUGGUCACUGCCCUUUUUAUCAAGGAGACCCUUGCGAGUGCAGCCAAUGAUGCUGAAAUGGUGAUUGAAGAGAGUCGAAGAAUGGCCCUCGAGUAUCAAGCACGACUGGAGGAGCUCUUCCAUUUGGUUGACUAUGAUGGGGAUGGUCAUUUGUCUGCCGAAGAGUUCGUCCAAGCCAUGGAGCUCCCAUCCGUGCAACAGUACUUGAAGUUCCUGGAGGUCACUGUCCGGGAUUGCAGACCUUUGUUCGAGAUCCUUGCUGAGGGCGAUGGACGGAUCACUAUUGCAGAGUUUUGCAAGGGGUUGAUGCAGAUCAAAGGCCAAGCCCGUGCGCUAGACAUUGUGGUUUUGCAGCACGAAAAUUCCAAGAUGAUGGAGCAAAAUCACGAGAUUCUCACCAUUUUGCGAGCAUUCAGCCGGAAGUCCCGCACGGCUCGUGGAUCUUCAGCAGAGUGCUCACAGCGGCUGCAUGGUUCGGAAUCAUCGUCGCGACUGAGCCUGCCUACAUCGGAAAACGCAGUUUCACCAAUUUCAUAG